AUGGUGGACGAGUUUGUAUAUCAAUAUCAAGAAACUCAAAGAUGGAAAGCUCAAUACGCCAAAGACAUUGUUGCCAAUCCCGCAGCACUUGAAGCGUUGCGAUCUGGCAGUAAUGCAUGGCGUUGUUCUGACGUUUUAUCAUUAUUAACGCGAUUAAUUCAAACUUCUGGAAUCAAACAAUAUUUAACAAAUGAACAACGCCAACGACAACAUCCAGCAGCUUCCGUCAAUCCUCGACUCGUUGAAGAACCAGAUCUCCCAGUGACUCUUGGAUAUUUUGGGAUCAUUUCUCUGAUGCGAUUGCAUGUUGCUAUGGGUGAUUAUCGCGCUGCUCUUACAGUAGGAUCAUUAAUCGAACUCUCUCCAACUGGUUUAUAUUGGAAGGUUCCGGCCGCCCAUAUCACGCUCUUCUACAAUCUCGGAUUCGCAUACAUGAUGAUGAGGCGGUAUCAAGACGCUAUUCGGGUGUUGAGUCAAAUUCUAACAUUUUUGGGACGAAGUCGUAGUUAUCUCUCAACUCAAUCAUAUCAACAAGACGCAAUGUUACGAAUGACUGAAAGAAUGUAUCAUCUCGUACUUCUCUGUAACGCUUUGAGUCCAACACGCCUCGAUGAAACAAUUCAAGUUCAUAUUCAAGAUCAUCUAGCUGAUAAGCAUUUCAAACUUCAAUCCGACGAAGAAGACGCAUAUCGUGAAGUGUUUCUCAAAGCAGCUCCAAAGUUUUUCAAUCCAUUUGUUUCGGAUUAUUCCAAUCCACAAGAAACAAUCGGUAUCGAUAAGGACGAGCCAACAAACCGUCAAGUGAACAUGUUCUUGAAAGACGCUUCAUAUCAGAAUAAAGUCUUCAAUGUUCGAUCUAUCGCUAAAUUAUAUAAUAAUCUGACUCUCACGAAACUUUCGAAUCUCAUGGGGCUGAAGCAAGAAAAUGCUGUUGAAAUUGUCCGCUCUGAAAUGCUUUGCGUCAAAAAUCGUGCUGAGCAAUUGAUAUGGCGAUCUGGUCCACUUUUGAGUGGCGAGCGUGUUCAAAUGUUGGCAGACCUCGACAUUUAUCUCGAAACAGACACAAUCCAUGUCAAGAAUCUGACAACCCAGCGCAGUUAUAUUGAUUAUUUCAUCAAGCAGAUUCACAGAACUCAGGAUUUGCUUAACAAUGCCAAUGCACCGACUAGACCUGAAGUCAAGAAGCAGCCAACAGCGGUGGCUGAUUGA